UUUUCCCCACAGUCCAUGAAACCACCUUGCUUUUGAAUUCUCACCUAUUCUAUUCCAUUCCUUCAACCCUUCACCUUUCUGCCACACUUCAUCGUGCCUUGCCACCAUCUUGGUCCUGCCACCAUGGUUUCUGAGACAGUCCAGAGCCAAUCGAAGAACGUGUGUGUGAUUGGAGCUGGACCAUCAGGGCUGGUGGCUGCCAGGGAGUUGAGAAAAGAGGCUCACAGGGUGGUUGUGUUGGAGCAGAAUCAUGAUGUUGGAGGGCAGUGGCUUUAUGAGGCAAAUGUGGAAGAAGAGGACCCUUUAGGGAGAAAGCCUUUUCGAAAGGUGCAUAGCAGUAUCUAUGAAUCCUUGAGGCUUACAUCUCCACGUGAGAUCAUGGGGUUCUCUGAUUUUCCAUUUUUGGUCAAGAAGGGUAGAGACAUGAGAAGGUUCCCUAGCCACACUGAGCUUCUUCUCUACUUGAAGGACUUCUGUGAAUACUUUGCCUUGAGAGAGGUCAUCAGGUUCAACACAAGGGUGGAUCAUGUGGGAAUGCUGGAUUACGGUGUCUGUAGUAGUGAUUUGAAAUGGAUUGUCAGAAGCAUAGAUAAGAACAGUGAGAAGGUGGUGGAAGAGGUGUUUGAUGCAGUUGUUGUGGCCACUGGUCAUUACUCUCAACCAAGAUUGCCCUCAAUUCAAGGAAUGGAUACAUGGAAAAGGAAACAGAUGCAUAGUCACACAUACAGGACCCCAGAACCAUUCAAUAAUGAGAUUGUGGUGGUGGUUGGAAAUUCCUUGAGUGGACAAGACAUAUCAAUAGAGCUUGUGGAAGUAGCAAAGGAAGUCCACAUGAGUUCCAGAUCUCUGAACAUCUCUGAAGGUUUGUCUAAAGUCAUAUGCAAACAUGCAAACUUCCAUCUUCAUCCACAGAUAGAGAGCCUUCAGGAAGAUGGACGGGUGACCUUUGUGGAUGGUUCUUCCAUUCUUGCAGACUCUAUUUUGUACUGCACAGGGUACUCCUAUGCAUUUCCCUUUCUUGACACCAAAGGAAUGGUGGUUGUGGAUGAUGACAGAGUGGGGCCAUUGUAUGAGCACACUUUUCCCCCAUCACUUGCUCCAUCCCUUUCUUUUAUAGGCAUCCCUAGAAAGAUCAUAGGAUUCCCUUUCUUUGAGUCUCAAGCAAUAUGGAUAGCUCAACUGCUUUCCGGAAAAAAAGUGUUGCCAUCAUGGGAGGAAAUGAUGAAAUCCAUCAAGGAGUUUUACCAUUCAAGAGAAGCAGCAGGCAUUCCCAAGCACUGUACUCAUGAAAUUGCAAACUUUGAGUACUGUGAUAAAUAUGGGGACAAUGUGGGGUUCCCACAUACAGAAGGAUGGAGGAAAGAACUAUGCUUAUCAGCUAUAAUUAAUGCUGAUGUGAACUUGGAGACUUACAGAGAUUUGUGGGAUGAUCAUGACCUACUCCAACAGGCCCUUCAAAGUCCUCACUUCACUCAACUUGGUCUGCAAGAUUCUCCACUGUAAAGCCAAAAAUUAAAUAUAAAAAAACAUCAAUCAAAGAAAAUUUUGCAUGAUUAGCCCUAAAUAAUUUGUUUGUGUAUUUUUCUGUUUUUGAACCAUUGGAAAAGACAAAGGAGAUUGAAUGAGAAGAAUAUUGGGUUUGAUACAGAGAACAAGAAUGAUUUUUGUUUGUAUUUUUGUUGCAAUUUAUUUGUUUUGUGAUUAGGUUCUGGGGAACUCUACAUAACAGAGUUGGCUAAGUGGAGAAUUUCUUGAACAAUUAGAGAAGAAAAAGCAGUUGUAUACAAUUAGCAAAUCCUAAAUACGCAUGCUA